CCUCAAAGUGUGACGUCAUGUAAUGGGCGUGUCUUCAGGACAGCUGGUCUUGGCGACGCAGGCGUGAGUUGGACGGUUUGGUUGGUCGUGUGGCAACAACAACAACAACAACAACAACAGCAGCAGCAGCAAGAAGGACGGAGGCCGGCAUCGAGAUGAAGGUCCCCGGCCUUGGCGCACUGAUCUGGGCCGCUCUGGUCAGCCACAAGGUGUCUGCUGAGUAUGGCAUGGCCCACUUCAGCGACAAGGGCGAAAGCAAAGGGAAGGACUACUGCAUCUUCUUCAAUUCCCAGUGGGCCCGUCUACCUCAGGACCUCCACAAAGCGUCACGUCUGCAGAUCUACGACCUGACGCCAUCGGUGCUGUGCUCGCCGCUGGAUGUCCCUGAGGGGGGCUUCCCCAACCGCAUUCCCAUGGUGAUGAGGGGGAACUGCACAUUCUACGAGAAGGUCCGUCUGGCUCAGAUGAACGGCGCCAAAGGCCUUCUCAUCGUCAGCAAGGACAGACUGACCCCGCCAGCGGGCAACAAGACUCAGUACGAGGAGAUCGACAUCCCCGUGGCGCUGCUCAGCUACUCUGACAUGCUGGACAUAAGCAAGACAUUCAACCAGGGAAGACUGGUUGCCAUGUAUGCCCCUAACGAGCCAGUGCUGGACUACAACAUGGUGAUCAUCUUCUUGAUGGCGGUGGGGACAGUCGCCAUGGGAGGGCACUGGGCGGGCAGCAAAGAUCGGAAGAAGCGCUACAUGAAGUACAAAAGAGACGACGGGGCGGACAAGCAGGACGAGGAGACGGUGGACGUCACCCCCAUCAUGAUCUGCAUGUUCGUGGUGAUGUGCUGCAGCAUGCUGGUGCUGCUCUACUUCUUCUACGACAGCCUGGCCAUUUGGGUCAUAGCCAUCUUCUGCGUGGCGUCUUCCAUGGGCCUCUACAGCUGCUUGUGGCCUUUCGUGCGCCGCCUUCCUUUCUGCAAGUGCAGGAUUCCGGAGAACAACCUCCCCUACUUGCACAAGAGGCCGCAGGUUCGUGCACUGGUGCUGUCGGCCCUCUGCUGCGGCGUCAGCAUCACCUGGAUGGUGUUUCGCAACGAGGACCAGUGGGCGUGGGUGCUGCAGGACGGCCUGGGCAUCGCCUUCUGCCUCUACAUGCUCAAGACUGUCAGGCUGCCCACGUUUAAGGCUUGCACUUUACUGUUGGCAGUCCUGUUUGUCUACGACGUCUUUUUCGUGUUUAUUACACCCUUCUUCACCAAGAGUGGCGAGAGCAUCAUGGUGGAGGUGGCGGCUGGGCCCUCGGACUCGGCCAUGCAUGAAAAGCUUCCGAUGGUGCUCAAAGUUCCCCGCUUGAACUCCUCCCCCCUCGCUUUGUGCGACCGCCCCUUCUCCCUGCUGGGCUUCGGCGAUGUCCUGGUGCCAGGCCUGCUGGUGGCGUACUGCAAUCGCUUUGACAUUUUGACGCAAUCUUCCAGAAUCUACUUUGUGGCCUGCACCAUCGCGUACGGCGUGGGCCUGCUGAUCACCUUUGUGGCGCUGGCAGUGAUGCAGAUGGGCCAGCCCGCCUUGCUGUACCUGGUGCCUUGCACUCUACUCACUAGCCUAGUGGUGGCGCUGUGGCGCAGGGAGCUGCCUCAGUUCUGGACAGGAAGUGGAUUUGUGCCGGCCAUAGCUCUCGCCCCCAUCAAGUGUACGCAAACGGCGGAGCCACCGCCCGAUGGCUCUAAAGCGGAGACCCCGGCCUCCAAAGCGCACAGUCAGAACCAAGACCCGCCCAGCGGUCUGCCUCAGGAGACGCCCCUCGCUGAAAAAGAGAACAUUUUGAACUGAGACGACUUCCAAGUUCUGCAGAAUAAAAGUCAAACACAGAUGAAGGCUGAAUAUCUAUCUCAAGACUUAAACUCCUGUUUCAUUGAAGACGUGAUGUCUCCCGUUCCCGUUCAUUCAGUACCUAAAACAUGUGCUGGCUUUACAUGUGGUGCGAUCGUUCCUGAACCGUCAUGUUUCUCAGAUGUUUUCAUUUAUGCACUGCAAAAAGUGAAAUUAAGUAAUAUCUCAAAUAAGGGUGAUAUUUGCCUUUUUUCUGUCUGAUAAGAUCAUUCUUCUCACUAAGCAGAUUGUUUUACUUGUUUUGGUCCUAAAUCAGGGGUCGGCAACCUAAAAUGAUGAAAGAGCCAAAAAAUUAAAAGCCAUAUUACAUACAGAUAGUGUGUCAUGAGAUAUAAAUUGAAUUAUGAGGACUUAAAAUAAACUAAAUAAGCUCAAAUAUAGCUACAAAUGAGGCAUAAUGAUGCAAUAUGUACAUACAGCUAGCCUAAAUAGCAUGUUAGCAUCGAUUAGCUUGCAGUCACCAAAUAUGUCUGAUUAGCACUCCACACAAGUCAAUAAACAUCAACAAAACUCACCUUUGUGCAUUCAUGCACAACGUUAAAAGUUUGGUGGACAAAAUGAGACAGAAAAAGAAGUGGAAAAAAAUCACAUCUUAGAAAGUCGGAGAAAGUCGUACAUGUAAAAUAACUAUGGUGAGUUCAAGGACCGCCAAAAUUAGUAGGACAAAACGGCACUCGCCAAAUACUCGAUACAUUGAAGUAUGUUUAAUACAAACAGUGUGCUUUGUAACAAUUAGGGAGGUUUGUGUCAUGUUUGUCCUACAGAAACAAUAUUAAAACAAAAAUUGUUUUUUAUAUUUUUUUCCUCAUCUUUUUCCAUUUUUUAUACAUUUUUGAAAAAGCUCCAGAGAGCCACUAGGGCGGCGCUAAAGAGCCGCAGGUUGCCGACCCCUGUCCGAAAUGAACUCAGUAAGAUAUUACAGCUUGUUGCUGAGAUGUGAUGACCUAUAAUGAAUAAAAAAUGCUUGAAACUA